GAUAAAAAUUGUUGAAACCACAAAACAACAGAAACAGCAACAACAAAAUAGAAUUGAACAGAAAAUAAUGAUGGCAAAUAGUGCACAAAUGAUUGAACAUCAAGUGGAUUGUGCUACAACACCUGAAUCGGAAAUGGAUCUGGAACAAGCACAAGAAUUAUCGAAACAUAUCGUAUCGGAUAUCAUUAAUCAAGCUGUCAGACGUUUAAAUGAUGAUAUUAAAAAUAAUAAACAUUUAAAACAUGAACCGGAAUCAAUAUCAAAAUUAUCAACAUAUAGUCAACGUUCAAUGGUACAGAAUAAUUGUUCAUGGUUAACACGUACUAGGAAUGCAAUACGUCGUAUUGUAAGACAUGCAUGUAUCUGUACACGAACAAAAGAUGAUAAUCAAACAUUUAAUAAAACACACCAUCAUUGUACAGCAACAUCCAUAUCACAUCAUCAUCAUCAUCAUUGUACACAUCAUAAUCAACAACAACAACAACUGGAAAAUCAAUCUUCACAGCAACAUUAAUAAAUAACGAUAAUGAUUUAUUGAAAUGUUUGAAAAGAAAAUUAUUUAUCAAAUAACACACAUAUACACAAAAAAAAGAUUGAUAAAAUAAAUUCAUUUUAUUGAAUCUUCAAGAAUUUUCAUGUCUAAAUAGAUCAAAUAUGUGUUAUUUUCGAUUGCGAUUGCAUUUAACAGACAUGUUUGACAUUAUCAACGAAUCUUCUUGAGAAUAUUUAUUCUUUUAAAUAACAAUAAUAACAAAAGAAAACUGUCAACAACAUACACACACACACACAAACAUUCAAACAUUUUUGA